AUGUUGUCUUCACUUCAGCAUGCACCAGUGUACCAUCUCUCUCUCCCUCAGGCACUCCUCUUCUGCCUGGUCGCUGUGGCCGCCGCCGCCCCAGAGAAAGACGCCUACACUCUGGUGGACGAAAGAACUAACCUUGGAGAUGGACGCUUUUCUUACAAAUAUGAAACCAGCAAUGGAAUCUCCGCCCAGAAGACUGGAACCCCGGGCGUCGAGGGCCAGAGUAACAUGGAAGGCUCCUUCAGGUUCACUCACCCCGAUGGAACCAUCACAGAGAUUACCUACAUCGCCGACGAGAACGGCUACAAACCCAAGGUUAAUCAGCCCAGCAUUGGUUCCAGUGUCGACGUUCGCCGGAGCAGGCCCUAAAGUCAAACGUUCUUAUUCAACAAAUAAGAACGAAGUUGACCUAAUCCUCGAUCUCGCUGUUACUGACCGCUGCGCUGUUGGUGUCCUCCAGCACGCCGGACCCUCCACACAUUCCAGCGUUAUCACACGUGUAUAAUAAAUGUUAUGUUUGCA